AUGAAUUCAAAAACAGCACAUACAGAACAAGGUAACGGGACUGUUCUGAUGAAGAUGAAUUCAGAAACAGGACAUACAACACAAGGUACCGGGGCUAUUCUGAUGAAGAUGAAUUCAGAAACAGGACAUACAACACAAGGUACCAGGACUAUUCUGAUGAUGAUGAAUUCAGAGACAGGACAUACAACACAAGGUACCGGGGCUAUUCUGAUGAAGAUGAAUUCAGAGACAGGACAUACAACACAAGGUACCGGGGCUAUUCUGAUGAAGAUGAAUUCAAAAACAGCACAUACAGAACAGGGUAACGGGACUGUUCUGAUGAAGAUGAAUUCAGAAACAGGACAUACAGAAGAAGGUAGAGUAAUCUUGUUACCUGCCUUUGUAAGCAUCGGAAACAAUUUCGCUCACAUGGUGGACAAUGGUAGAGUGUUUAUCGGUGAGGACGAACAGCAGCGAGAAAUAGACCGAUACCAUAUCGAGUGCCUCAAACAGAUUCUGUAUGACAAGCCUAAAGCAGGAACGUAUUGUAACCGGACCUGGGACGGGAUUGCGUGCUGGCCGGAAACGGAGCCUGGGUCUUAUGCCCGAAUGCCUUGUCCUGACUAUUUCCAUGGAUUUUACGUUAACAAUGUUGCCACAAAGCACUGCCUACCAGACGGUCGUUGGUUUGUUCAUCCCGUUAUUAAUCAGACAUGGACGAACUACACUACCUGCUUUGACCAGGAAAUGCUUACUCCAACUGAAUCUGUUCCCGAACUUAUCCAGAUUCACUUGAAGAACAUACGGCUGAUGUACAACAUCGGGUACGGGAUCUCCCUCCUGUCUCUCUCUAUCGCUGUCUUUGUCAUGAUUUACUUCCGUAAAUUACAUUGUCCCCGGAACACGGUCCACGUGAACCUGUUUGUAUCGUUCAUCCUGCGUGCCACAGUUUCUAUUCUGAAAGAAACACUUCUAGUUCAGGGCCUUGGUUUGCAAAAAGAUGUCGAACAAAUUCCGUAUGAAGAUACAGUGCUGUUUAUAUCAGAAGGAACGCACUGGGAGUGUAAAUUACUGUUCUCUAUCUUCUACUACGUCCUGUCCGCCAGCUACAUGUGGAUCUUUGUGGAAGGCAUACAUCUACACACUCUCAUCUUGGUAUCCGUCUUCUCUGAGCGGAGUAGCAUCAAAUACUACGUCAUCCUCGGCUGGGGUUCACCAUUCCUGUAUAUCAUUCCAUGGGUGGUUGUCAGGAUCACCAAGGAAAACAUCCUAUGUUGGAAUACAAACCCAACUCAUGGAUAUUUCUGGAUCAUAAAAGGACCGUUAGUACUGAGUAUCAUGGCAACCGGCGAAACCGGGGAAAACCCUCCCACAGUAAGGCAAUUGUUGUGAAAACAAGUUUACAUUUAUUUUUACCCGUUCGGUAUCCGUCCGUACAAUAUAAAAGCGACCUAUACUAAAUUGAACAUGCUUCGUAUCUAUACUUGAGUCAUCUACCAACCUACACAGUACCAGAGCGAUCUGUCUACGGUUAUAAACUCUUUCCCGUAUCAAGGGGUCCUUAAAUGAGAUCUUUCUAGGGAAUUUCACUCAUGAAAAUAAAUUGAAAUAAAGUAUCGACUACUGCUUAUUCGGCAGUGUUAUUUUCAACUCACGCCAUCUUCAGGGAUGCAGUUUUUGUCGUCAAAGGGCGACACUCUGAUUUUUGUUGUUAUAUAGCUGAUGUUCAUAGCUUAAAAUCUGAGUCAUAUUAGUCAUCCGUACUGUUUUAAUUAAAUAUUUCUUAUAAUGUUCGUGUCUGGUGUUGUUCUUAAAAACAUUUUGUCUUGAUUACUUUAGCUUUCUUCAUUUUUCUACCUUUACUUUUGGCUUCCCUUUGCAUACUUUCCCAUUUUCUUCUUGCACUUUGUCGUGAACCAGAACAUGCGUCUUUGGUUUCAAUCCUGUUAUCAAUUCUACCUAUACAUUUAGCGUCCGUUUCCAGACAUUUUCUCCCUGCCCUCUGUCGUGAACAGGAGAAUACAUCUUUGGUACCAAAGAACUCGUGAAUCACGUUAUCAUGGAUCUCGUUGUUCAUCUUCUCAAGUACUGUUUUUGAAGUUAUAAAAUAGAUGUUCUUUAUCAUUAACUGAUGUGUCAAAAAAGUGAAGGUCUUGCUGCCUAUAUGUCAUCUAUCUGUAAAUUGUACUCUGAAGAGUCGGCAUGGGUUAAAUAGGUGUUCUGUCGUGGAUCCAUAUUUUGUCUACGUAAUUAAAGUGAAAAGCAUACAGGAAUGUCUGUGAAAAAUUUAAAUGGAAAAUCCAAUGUUGAUCGUUCGAUUAAGGUGUACCUUCUGUUUAUACAUGUGUACAGCGUUGGAAAUUCUGAAGGCGGUAAAUGAGGGCUUGUUUGUAGUUGUGAGGAAGGCUUUGCGCUCAGCAUAUUGUGAGUGGGACGACUGGUUCGAUAGCAAAGAUCCCACGCAGUGGAACUGUCACUAUAUAAUGUCCUUUGAUAUGAAACUUUCUGCGAUUUGUUGCUGUUAAUGAGAUUCUUUAUAUAUUCUAUACUAUAGGUGGAUGUUAUUUAAUUCCCUUUGCGACUAGCAGUGUUUGCGAUGUUUACAGUGUACAACCUUUAAACAUUUAACUGCUUUGUGUGUUACCAAUUAUGUCAGCCUUGCAGAUAAACUUCAUGUAAUGACUACUACAAAUAACCAGACAAGACAGUUUAAUGAUUAUAUGUACAUCGGUUUACGUCCUAUACAUAUUGUGAUUUGAUUUAAUGCAGGUUAGUUGUCUCCGACAGAGUAAUUAUUUAGUAAGAACAGUGAUAUGACAGUGAAAUUACGUCGUAACCAUGGUUACAAAUAUGACGUCACAACUAAGAGUUAUUGCUGUCAUUUACCAUACUUCAUACUUCUUUCUAGUUUGUUGUAAUGUUAUGUAAAUGUGAAAAUAAUUAUUUGAAUUCCCUUAAGUUGUGUAAACAAAUCAGCUAAUAUUUUUUAAAUCAGAUAAUUUUUGUUAGUUAAUGAUUGACAGCCUGACGCAUGGUGUAAUGUCAUCGAUAUAUAAAAUUGAGCUUUGUUUGUUCUUAAUGCCGAACAUGAUUUUUAUUUCUUUAUCGUGUUUUAUUAUCUUAGUUUCUUUCUUUGUUUUAUUUCUUUAUUCAUUUAUUCUAUAUCCUUAUAGUUAAUUAUUUGAUAAUGAGCAUCAUCACCGCAUGAGAAAUUUGAAUUUUAUUUGUUUGCAAAAAAAAGAUGAUAUAUUUGAACAGUGUUUUGAAUUGUAUUUCUACAUUAUUUGAGAUAACAGCAAGUAUAAACAACUACUUUUCAAAAUCAAAAACAGAUUACAUUAGUUCAGGACAUUAAAGGGAGGAAUAGCAUGGACACACCUCAGUACUGUUUGAGACGUGUGGAAUUAUACAAUUAUGAAUGUUUACAUGACAAUUGGCCUUCUGGUUAUAAUAUUUUACUUGUAGUUGCUGAGUUUAGUGUGAAUGUGUCUUAAUGCAUAAUUAACGCCAUAUAUACCUCAUAUCGGUAAGUGAACAUCAUACAUAGAAUAAGUAGAUAAAAUGAUUUGGGAGGAAGCAGGUCUCUAAUUAGUCUAUUUUUAAAUUGGGCUUACCAGGUAAAACUAAUCCACAUCAUCAACAUGUGAAUCAUUGGUAUGUCCAGAGAGAAAAAAUGAGAACAUGUGAUCUAAAUGAUGAACAUAUGGAAUGAAUUUACCAAGAUCUUAAAACAUGUGGUACGUAUAUAGCGUUGUGGUACUUUAAUAGCACAAAAUAUUGUCAAGCUGUCUUUGUUAAUUGUAUUAAAUAUUUCAUACAUAAAAAAAUAAUUAAACUAUUUUUAUCAU